AAAUUUGAUAAUAAAUUUUAACAUUAAAUUUAAUUAAUAAUAUUUGAUAGUCUUAUGGCUGGCAAUCGGAUCCAUCGUUUCGGAACAAUCUUCAGCCGAAUGGAAGGCCUGUUAAAGUCAGGCGCCGUCUCUAAAGAGAGUAAACCCAUUUGGUUUGAUGUCUAUCAGUCUUUCAGACCGCAUAUUCAGCCUAAACUCAACCGACCUGUUGAUGAUGACCAACAUAUUCAAGACAUUGUAUAUCCCGAAGACUAUAUCAGAGCUCGAUUUUACGCUCAAUACGGAAGUGUAGGUCUGAUUGAUGGUCUCAACCAAAUCAAUAGAUCCUAUAAAAGUGUUUCACAGAAAUUUAUCGACAAUUAUAUAUCAAUUGCAAAAAGUGAUGACACACUCACUGAUGACCAACUGUUUGCUAUGGCCUCCGAUGCCAUCACAAAGGAUGGAAUACGUCUUAAACAUUUCGAGACGACAUCUGAAGACAUUUCCAUUCAAAGAAUGUCAGAUAAAGAUGAGUCUAAACGUCAGACAAGGGAUAGUAAUAAACAAAAUAUUUCACAAAUUGUUUUGUCUGACGAUUAG